CCACGCGACAAAGUGGUGGAGUCCUCUGGCACAGGCAGUGUCGUCUGUCGUGCACGCCAUGCUCGUCUUCUUCGCCCUCUUUCUUCUCUCCGCUCCGCAAGCCGUUCCUGAGCAUGUCGGGCUUAACGACAACGUACUGGAGGCGUCACAAUUCCUGCAGGAGUACAACGAGCAGGCCUCGGACAUGUGUUAUCGCGUCAAGGCGGCGCAGUGGGCGUACUCUACCAAUCUCACGGAGUACAACAAAGCCAAAAUGAAAGAAGAACAAGAAAGAGAAGCUCGGUUCCAGAAGGCAUCUUGGAGGAGAGCGUCAACGUUUGCAUGGUCUCGGUUCACAGAUCCGCAGGUGUACAGGCAGCUGAAGAUUCUGACUACUAGAGGGCGAGCCGCGCUAGCAGACUAUGACAUGACGAAGCUACAACAUAUAAUCCAGGAAAUGAAGGACCUGUACACGACAACACGUGUGUGUCCGUACUCUGGCCAGAACUCGCCCUACUGUGAUCUCUCACUUGUCCCAGACCUGACCCGCACACUGGCACACUCGCGGAAUUAUGAAGAACAGCUACACGUAUGGCGGUCGUGGCACAACUCUGCAGCUACGCUCAAGCCCAAGUAUGUAGCCUACGUUGAUCUCAUCAACAAGGCUGCUCAGCUACAAGGGUUCCGGGAUGCGAGUGAGCAAGAGCGGGCUGUGUACGAGGAACCGAACUGGGCUCAGCACAUGGCGGAGCUGUGGUCCCGCCUGGUCCCUCUGUACCAGCAACUCCACACGUACGUCAGGCGCAGGCUGCACGAAUACUACGGUCCUCGGAGGGUGCGGCUGGACGGUCCACUGCCCGCUCACAUAUUGGGAAACAUGUGGGGACAGAGCUGGAAGAACAUCUUUGACAUCGUCAUCCCUUAUCCUGGAAAGCGGCGGGUGGAUGUCACAUCAGAGAUGAUUAGGCAAGGCUACAAUCCCAUCAGGAUGUUUCAAUUGGCGGAGCAGUUUUUCACUUCCAUGGGCAUGAAACCGAUGCCGGUAGAGUUUUGGCAGCGAUCCAUGUUCGAGAGGCCCGCCAACAGGCCUAUUGCGUGCAAGGCGUCUGCCUGGGACUUCUGCAAUCAGAAAGACUACAGGAUGAAGCAGUGUACUGAAGUGACUAUGGAAGGGCUGUUGACCACGCAUCACGAGAUGACACACAUUCAGUACUAUCUGCAGUACGCCCAUCUUCCAUAUUUGUUCCGGGAUGGAGCUAACCCAGGAUUCCAUGAAGCAGUGAGUGAGGCAAUAGGACUGUCGGUGGUCACCCCCCGUCACAUGCACCGCAUAGGCUUACUGAACAACAUUACUGAUGACUAUGAAACCAAAAUCAACUUCUUGCUGGAGAUGGCGUUGGAAAAAGUAGCAUAUUUGCCCUUCGCUUACUUGGUUGACCAGUGGAGGUGGGCGGUGCAAGCGGAGGGCACACACGCUAUGAACGCUCGGUGGUGGGCGCUGAGGCUACACCACCAGGGAGUCGUGCCGCCCAUCCCUCGCAACGAGUCACAUUUCGAUCCCGGUGCCAAGUACCACAUCAUAUCGGACCAGCCGUACAUCAGGUACUUUGUCUCGCUGGUGUUUCAGUUUCAACUUCACGCAUCGCUCUGCCACGCGGCCCAGCAUGUCGGCCCUCUGGAUUCCUGCGACAUCUUCCGUUCCAGGGAGGCAGGCCGUCUUCUCAGCUCCGUGAUGAGCGUGGGGGCCUCCCAGCCGUGGCCGGCUGUGGUGCGUCUGGCCACCCAGGGCUACACCUCCGGUCUGGACCCUCAGCCGAUGCUCGAGUACUUCAGACCUCUGAUGGUGUGGCUUCAGCGGCAGAACAGGGACGAGUUCACAGUCGGCUGGUUCACCUCUCCUUCCGACACAGCUCUGUUUGGAGAAUGGAGUACAGGCAGCGCCCUGAAAUUUCAACCGAGCCACCGAAUCAUUGUCACCUUGUUGUACGUGGUUUGUCUAAUAGUGUUGUAUUUUUGAUUAUUUAUCUUUUGACAGUGUAAAUAUAUGUUUCAUUAGUGUUUAUUUUCAAAUUUAUAUUAAAUUUAAAUAUUUAUGUUUUGUGUUUUGUUUCGAGCUAGUAACAUUUUUCAAUAUAUUUAUCAAAUGUAAUUUAUUUCAAACUCUGUGCUUUACUCGGCCAUACCAGGCCUCUCUAGGUAUUCCUAAAGCCUUUAGAUACGAAAUAAGGAUACCAGUGUAUAUCGCAGGAAAAAUUAACAGACCAAACUAAUAAGGUAUAGACUAACUGAUAUAAUUCACCCUCAAUACAUUCAGUCUAAACCUACCUCGGAAAUACUAGGCAUACAUUCUAGUUUCCUUACGUUUGGUAACAUACUUACGUACCUUACCAGUGGUUAUUAAUUAGUGUAUCAUUGUAAAUAACUCUGUAUGAGAAUGCAUGUAUAAACACAUUAGACAUAACUCAAUUUUCAUCAUUGAUUUUAAAAUCAACAGAAUUACAUUUUUACAAAUAUUUGGUGAUUAAAAUGUAAACAUUAACGAACUGGUUAGUAAAUAAUUUAUUUGUCAAGUUAAUGUCCGUAAUCUCGAAUUAUCAAUGGUUAAAUAAUUAUGUAAAAUAAAUUAUACAUUGCCCAAUGAAGGAGAAAGCAAUAGUGUAGGUGAUGUACAGUAACAUGUAUGUUACUGAGUAAAUAUAGAGGUUUAUAUACGAGUAGUUAGAGAAUUGUAAUACUUAGUCACUGAUGUGUUCGCGUUCUGGAUUUUGUUACUUCUCCCAAUUCACUGUUGUAAAGGUGUUAUAAGAUAUUAAACAAA